UCAGUGCUUCAGCCUUCAGGUAUUUAGCCGGGGGAAAGCGUGCGGUAUAUCGAAAGGCGGAAACUAGUCUGAAAAUACUCGACAAUAUUUAUGCGAAAUCUAUCAGUAAACACAAUAAUAUACAGCCGGGAUUGUGUUACCUGACUUCAGAUCCGUACAUACAACUCCUUUUCUCUGCAUUAAAAAUUAAACCACAAUGGGUGACGUGAACGAGGAACUCUUGGAUUACGAGGAGGAUGUUAUUGAGCCCACCGAGGAGCCCAAGACUGAUGGUGCUACAGCAAAGAAGGGUUAUGUAGGAAUUCACACGGCAGGUUUCCGCGACUUUUUGCUUAAACCAGAACUUUUGAAAUCGAUUGUCGACUGUGGUUUCGAGCACCCUUCAGAAGUGCAACAUGAGUGCAUUCCCCAGGCCAUCCUUGGUAUGGAUGUGAUCUGCCAGGCGAAGUCUGGUAUGGGUAAGACAGCCGUCUUUGUUCUCGCUACGUUGCAGCAGUUGGAGAUCAAGGAUGGGGAAGUGAGCGUGCUGGUUAUGUGUCACACACGUGAGCUUGCCUUCCAGAUCAAGAACGAGUACGAGCGCUUCUCAAAGUACAUUGAGGGUGUACGCACAGCGGUGUUCUUCGGUGGCGUUGCUAUCACAAACGAUGAUAAAAUCCUGAAGGAUGAGCGAUCCCACCCCCAUAUUGUGGUGGGAACUCCGGGACGUAUUCUGUCACUUGCCACCAACGCAAUUGGCAGCAACACCAAGCCCUCGCUCGAUCUGAGCAAGCUCAAGCACUUUGUGCUCGAUGAGUGUGAUAAGAUGCUGGAUUCGCUUGAUAUGCGUCGGGAUGUACAGCUGAUCUUUAAGCAAAGCCCCAAGUCAAAACAAGUGAUGAUGUUCAGUGCAACACUCUCAAAGGAGAUCCGACCAAUCUGCAAAAAGUUUAUGAGAGACCCCAUGGAGAUCUACGUAGACGACGAGACCAAGCUUACAUUGCACGGUCUUCAGCAGCACUACGUCAAAAUUACCGAGGGAGCCAAGAACCGAAAACUCACAGAUUUACUCGAUGCACUCGAGUUCAACCAAGUAGUAAUCUUCGUCAAGUCUGUUAGCCGAGCAAAGGCUCUGUGUAAUUUGCUGUGUGAUUGCAACUUCCCAGCCAUCGCGUUACACACUGGUCUCAGCCAAGAGCAACGCUUGGAGAUGAUCAAAGAGUUCAAGGACUUCCAGAAACGUAUCCUUGUUGCGACUGAUCUUGUGGGGCGUGGAAUCGAUAUCGAGCGUAUCAACAUCGUUAUAAACUUCGACAUGUCUGAUCAGUCAGAUACAUACCUACACAGAGUGGCCCGUGCCGGUCGUUUCGGAACCAAAGGUCUAGCCAUUUCUUUCAUCGCCUCUAAGGAGGAUUCUGAAAUCCUGAACGAGGUCCAGUCUCGAUUCGAAGUCGAGAUUACACCGCUGCCUGAUCAGCUAGACGUCACACUAUACAUGAACGCUUAAAUGGCCUUCGAAUUGCCAAGGGAUUGUUACUACAAACAAUAUGCGUUUGCAGGCAGUCUAGCUGCAUAAAAACUUAAAAAUAUAGCAAAGCAAAAUCAGGAUGUCAUUCAUAUCGAAGAGGCCGACGGAAUGAUGGGCACUGUGGCCCGAGUCGUCGGUGUAUAUAAAAAGCCAUCACUGCGUUCGUGUGGGCGGCAGUGCAAAUAUUGGAGGCUCUUCAGUUCAAUAGAAUACUACCGGCAAGUUUAUUUAGCGCGUGUUAUGAAUUCCAGUGUUCAGACUUGACAAAUAUUAGACACGUAAUGUUGUAGUUCAAUAGUGUUCAAAGUGUGGUCUUGUGAAAGAAAGGCAGUUCGAGAAACGUAUUUCGCAAUUGUUAGUGGUAUAAGAGCCACCUUUGAUGCUCCCCACUGCCUCUCUAUAUCAUGUAUUAAGGAGAGCAGUUAAACGACUGAGUGAAAAUAAAAGACUGGCAGAUAAUCUAUUAUGCGUUAUAAAACAAU